GCACUCGCAUCUCGUUCCGUUCCGCCGCGGGAGUGCUCGCUCGUUUGUUGCGGUGCGCGCGGACUGUGCUGCGCUCGGCAGCAGACUUGUACGCAGCAGCAUCGGCGGCGAGCCCAGCGUAUACGUGUAUACACGCACCAGUACAGCGCCCAACCACCUCCUCUCCCUCUCCUCCCCACCUUCCCUCCCUCAUCAUCACUCGCCACCAGCCUUCCCGCCCGCCGCGCCAUGGUGUCGCUCGCCGGCUCGCAGAUCCCCUCGCCGUCGCCGGGGCAGAGCCCCUGCGCGGCCGCGGGGCCGCAGCGCCGCCCGGGGCGCUCCAUGCGCACCAUCCGCUCCGCGCUGCUACAGCCGGACUCCGCCCCGGGCUCCCCGGCCCCGCGCCAUGGCGACGGCGACGCGGGCGACUCCGACAUUGAGAACCUCACCGACUCCGUCAUCGACUUCCACCUCAGCGAGCUCGCCGCCACCGCGGGGCCAGCGCACCCGGCUGCCGUCGCCAAGUCGUCAUCCGCCAUCAACGCGGCCGCCACGGAGCUGCUCGAGCUGUCGCGGGACUUCUCCGACUACUCCAGCUUCAGCUCCGACAUCUCCGGGGAGCUCGAGCGCCUCGCGAUGGCGGCGGCGGCGUGGGCGCCCAGAUCCGACGCGCCGGCCGCCGCCGUGGAUCUGAACGACCUCGAGUCCAUGGAUCUGUCGCCGGACGCGGCGCCGCUGGAGCGCGUCGAGCCCUUCGUGCUGGCGUGCGUGCAGGCGCUGGGCCCCGACGCCGCGCCCGACGCGCGCCGCGCGGCCGCCGCCAGGAUACGGCUGCUCGCGAAGCACCGCUCCGACAUCCGGGAGCUGAUCGGCGUGUCGGGCGCCAUCCCGGCGCUCGUGCCGCUGCUGCGCAGCACCGACCCGGUCGCGCAGGAGAACGCGGUCACCGCGCUGCUCAACCUCUCGCUGGAGGAGCGGAACCGCUCGGCCAUCACCGCGGCGGGCGCCAUCAAGCCGCUCGUCUACGCCCUCCGCACCGGCACGGCCGCGGCUAAGCAGAACGCUGCCUGCGCGCUGCUCAGCCUGUCGGGCAUCGAGGAGAACCGCGCCACCAUCGGGGCCUGCGGCGCUAUCCCGCCGCUCGUCGCGCUGCUCUCCGCGGGCUCCACGCGCGGCAAGAAGGACGCUCUCACCACGCUCUACCGCCUCUGCUCCGCGCGCAGGAACAAGGAGCGCGCGGUCAGCGCCGGCGCCAUCGUUCCCCUCGUGCACCUCAUCGGCGAGCGCGGCAGCGGGACGUGCGAGAAGGCAAUGGUGGUUCUGGGGAGCCUCGCGGGCAUCGCCGAGGGCCGCGAAGCUGUGGUGGAGGCUGGCGGGAUCCCCGCGUUGGUCGAGGCGAUCGAGGACGGCCCUGCCAAGGAGAAAGAGUUCGCCGUGGUGGCGCUGCUGCAACUGUGCUCCGAUUCCCCGCAUAACCGUGCGCUUCUUGUACGCGAGGGCGCCAUCCCUCCGCUUGUCGCGCUAUCACAGUCCGGUUCUGCCCGUGCCAAGCACAAGGCUGAGACUUUGCUUGGCUACCUGAGGGAGCAGCGACAAGGGGUUGGCUGCAGAGCUGGAUCAGUGGCAGCUACUAGUUUGGCUAGGUAAAUCAGGAAUUUUAUGGACCAAAGUCUGCUCCAUUCUCUGUCGGAGUCUUGAGAGCGGAGCAGCUGCGCGAGGGGGUGUGAUGUGCUGAUCUUCUGUAAAUAACAGCUGGUUUCGGUCGGUUUGGUUAUGUCUUAUGUGAAUACACAUGUGGUUUGGAGUGAGGGUGCUUUGGCUGGUCACUAACGUCAGUGAAGAGAGGUUUCAGGGGAUGUUAGCGGAGAAUUUGGGUGCUAAGUUAAUGAUGCUGGAUUGUAGCUGUGUACAGGAUGCUAGGGUAUGCUUGCUUGGCCUUGUCAGGUUAUAGGAGAAUGUUGGAUCGUCAACCAUGUCUUUUUUUGCUUGAGGUUUGGAGUCCACAUUCCCCUGUUCCUUUUAUCUAGUUGCACUUGUUUCUCAUGA